AUGCCCUCUGUUUCCAUAUUUGCACUUUUUUUGUCAGGGCUACAAAUCUCUGCUAUUUUAGGAGAAACACGAGUCCAGUUUGCUGGUAAAACUGAAUUUUUUGUUAACGAAACUAGUACAACCGUCAUACGUCUAGUAAUUGAAAGAACAGGGGAACCUGCCAACAUCACUGCGAUAGUCCUGCUGCAAGAAGAAAACACAGGGGACUUUGUGGAAACUGUAACAGCCACUUUCAUACCUGAGAGAGAACGAAACCGGACUGUUUACAUAUCCGUGUGCGAUGAUGACUCUCCCGAGGCCGAUGAAACGUUUCAUUUCCUGUUAAUACUGCAGAACCCCCCUUUAAACACAGAGCUUGGCUCACCAAAAGUUGCAACAGUCACCAUAUUAUCCAACGAUAAUGCCUUUGGAAUAAUAUCCUUCAGUAUGCCAUCGUUUAUCACAGUGAACGAGCCAAGGGGAAGAAACCAGUCAUUGUCUGUCGUUUUAUUGAGGGAGAAGGGGACCUAUGGGACUGUUACAGUGACAUUUGAGAUUGAUGGGGGUUCAAAUCGUGCUGAUGAAGAUCUGGUACCUUCUAAAGGAAAUGUCACAUUUUCCACUGGUAUAUCUAUCCUGGUAUUGAAUUUUACAGUGUUAGAUGAUAAAAUACCAGAACAUGAUGAAAAUUUUACUUUGAAACUCACAAACAUCUUUGGUGGUGCUGAGAUCAAUUCAUCAAAAAGUGUCAUUCAAAUAAAUAUCCAAAAAAAUGAUAGCCCGGUGCGGUUCAAUCAGAGCACGUAUAUAGUGCCUGAGACAGAAGGUGUGAUCAUCAUUCCUGUGUUUCGUGGAAAGACUUCUACUGAUGAGGUUAUUGGAUCAGAUGACUCUGAGGUCUCCAUCAAAUACAGAGUGAUCACGGGGAACUCAACCUCUCAUGCGCAGCUCAACAUUGAUUUUUUAGAUCUUCAGCCAAAUAGUACUAUUGUAUUUUUACCUAAAGUUCAUGAAAUUCAUCUAAGAUUUAAAAUAAUUGAUGACAACAUUCCAGAAAUUGCUGAGUCUUUUCAAGUUGUUUUGCUGGAAGAUACAUUGCAAGGCGAUGCUGUGUUGCAAAUUCCUGGUUUGGUCCAUGUCACCAUAGAACCCAAUGAUAAACCCUAUGGCGUUUUAUCAAUUAACAGUGCUCUUUUUGCGCAAACUGUUACUGUGGAUGAAGAUAAAGUAUCAAGGUACGAAGGGAUUACUGUAGUGAGGAACGGAGGAACACAUGGUAAUGUUUCUGUUAGCUGGAUCAUCAAGCGUAACACCACUGACCCUUCACCUGUGACCACUGACAUACUGCCCCAAUCAGGAACGCUCCAGUUUACUCAGGGACAGAUGUUGGCAAUGGUUACUCUUACAAUUAUCAGUGAUGACAUCCCUGAAGAAGCAGAACGCUUUGUAUUUCAAAUCUUGUCAGAUACUGUACAGGGAGGUGCAGAAGUUGGCUCUCCAUCUGAGUUGAUUUUCUACAUCCAAGACAGCGAUGAUGUGUAUGGUUUAAUACAGUUUAAUGCUGUAGAAAACCAAAAAAUUGAAAGCAGUCCUGUAGGACGAUUUUUGACUUUGAGUUUUGCGAGGCAAGGUGGAACCAGAGGCGACGUGAAGCUGGUUUACAGUGCACUCUAUAUCCCUGCUGGAUCUGUGGAUCCAUUGAGAGCAAAGGAAGGAAUCCUAAACAUCUCAUCAAGGAACAGUGUUACAUUUCUCGAAACAAACUCGUCCAUUUCCAUAAAACUGCCGAUAAGAAAUGAUGCUUUUCUACAAAAUGGUGCCCAUUUCCUCGUGCAGCUGGAAAGUUGUGAAUUGCUGAGGCCUACUCCCAUAGUGCCAUCUAUAAGCCCAAGGCUAGACAUCCUUCUAAAUAUUUCCCUGAAAGUUACACCUGAUAUUGCAAAUGGGGAAAUUGGUUUUACAAGCAAUCUGCCGAUCAUUGUAGCCGAGCCAGAGAACAUUUCGUCUGAGCUGAUCUCUAUAGCCCUACAUCGUGAUGGAACAGGAGGAGAGGCUGUUGUUUUCUGGAGUCUGAAACCUUCUGGUGUUAAUUCGGAUGCCAUUACCCUGAGUGACUUAAGCCCUUUCAAUGGUUCAGUGAAAUUCUUUUCUGGACAAAGUGACACAACAAUAAAUAUAACUGUUAAGGCAGAUGACAUCCCAGAAGUUAACGAAACUGUUAUUAUAUCACUGGACAGGGUGAAUGUUGAAAAUCAGAUUUUGAAGUCAGGGUUUACCAGUUGUGAACUGACUAUUUUGGAAAAUGAUGACCCAGGAGGAGUUUUUGAGUUUUCUCCUUCCUACAGAGGCCCUUAUAGUGUGAUUGAAGGACAUUCUGUUGAACUUAGAAUUGCUCGAUCAAAAGGUAUUCUCGUUAAGCAAUUUCUGCGUUACACCAUCGAGCCCAAAGAAAGUAAUGAAUUCUAUGGAAGCACAGGGAUCCUGGAAUUUAAGACUGGUGAAAAGGAGAUUGUAAUUACAUUGUUAACAAGAAUGGAUGAGAUCCCGGAGCUGGAUGAGAUGUAUUCAGUGGUCCUAAGCAGUCACGGAGACUACCCAAGUAAAUUAGGAGAAGCUCAAAGAGUUAACAUUACCAUCCUAAAAAACGAUGACCCCCACGGAAUCGUUCAGUUUGUUUCUGAUGACACAGUGAUGAAAAUAAAUGAGAGCAAAGGAGGAGAAAUUUAUUCUGUGAACUUUGAAGUAAUUAGAAAACAAGGGCAUUUUGGACUCAUAAGUGUGACGUGGAUAAUCAGUCCUAAUUCAACUAACGAUGUUUACCCAACAAGUGGCAUUCUUUAUUUUAAAGAUGGCGAGUUUUCAAAAGCCAUAACUAUUUCAUCCCUUCCAGAUGAGAUUCCAGAAGAGAAGGAGGCAUUCAUCCUUACUCUUCAGAAUCCUACAGGGGGCGCCAGAAUGGGAGAAAUAACCAAUGCCAUACUGGAGAUUAGUAAGAAUGACGAUGCUGUCUACUUUGCAGAGCCUGCUGAGAUAUGGGCCGAGGAAGGGGAUAGCGUGAACUUCACGGUUGUGAGGAAUGGAUCUGCUGAUUAUAAAUCUUCGGUCAUGUAUAUCACUGUCAAUGGAGCUGCAACUGCUGAGGAUGGAGACUUUCUUUAUAGUUCUGGAGACCUCAUAGAAUUUGAUAUUGGACAAAGGUUUCAGAAUAUAACAGUGCACACUAAGGAAGAUGACGUUCCAGAAACAGAUGAACCUUUCUAUGUAAUACUGCUAAAUGCAACAGGUGACACCGUGGUGAGUGGUAAUGACAAAGCCACAGUUAUAAUCAAGGCAAAUGAUGACCCGAAUGGAAUAUUUUACAUUGAGCCAGUUGACAAAACUGUUGAAGAAGGGGCAACCAAUGAUGUCAAGGUGGUGAGGAGCAGAGGACACUUUGGAAGUGUAUUUUUGAACUGGCAACUUUUUCAGAAUAAUUCUGCCUUACAACCCGGCCAGGAGUUUCAUGAAUCCUCCGGAACACUUUUAUUCAAUAACCAGGAAGAAUUUAAAUAUAUUACUCUACGUGCUAUUUCUGACCAGAUUCCUGAAUUUAAUGAAUUUUACACAUUAAAACUGGUGAAUAUUUCAGGUGGGUUUCCUGGUCCUGGUGGAAAAUUGGCUCUAAAAGACCUCAGUGUGAUGGUGAUGAUUCCGUUUAAUGAUGAUCCUUUUGGAGUCUUUGUUAUAAGUCCUGAAAGCCAGAUUCGGGAAGUAGCAGAAGAUGUACUUUCAGAAGAUGAUAUGAGCUACAUUACUAACUUUUCAAUUUGGAGACAUCAAGGUACAUUUGGAGAUGUUCGGGUUGGCUGGGAAAUUUUCUCCAGUGCAUUUAUGAAAGGCCUACCACCAUUUCUGGACUUUUUGCUCGUCGCUUCAUUCCCAUCUUCAGUACAGCUGCAGUCUCACAUGCGGCGGCAUCACAGUGGAACUGACGCAUUGUAUUUCAGUGGUGCUGAAGGUGCAUUUGGCGUUAUUGAACCGCAAUAUUACCACAAUAUGAAUACUACUCUGACAAAUUUUACCUUCUCAGCCUGGGCCAUACCUUACGUGGAUACUAAUGGAUUUAUAAUAUCGAAGGACAAUGACAAUGGAUCAUUGUAUUUUGGAGUCAAAGUUGAAGCAAACAACUCUUACAUUACAUUGCUGCUUCAUUAUAUGACACUUGGAUUUAACAAUACUUAUGUGGCCAAGGUUGGCAUCCCAAAGUUUAUUGAAGAAAAUGCCUGGACACACCUCUUAAUCACAUUAGAUGAUGGCUUCAUUGAGUUUUAUAUUGAUGGAAACCCUGUCCCUGGAGGAGUCAAGAGCCUGAAAGGCGAAGCAAUUAUAAAUGGACCAGGAACAUUCCGUGUUGGUGCUGGAGCAAAUGGAGGAAACAGAUAUACUGGAAUGUUACAAGAUGUUAGAAUUUAUGAACAGAAAUUGUCUCGAACAGAGAUAGCUGAACUUCAUGCCACUCCAGCAAAGAGUGACUUGCACCCAGUAUCUGGAUAUCUAGAAUACAGGCAAGGAGAAAUACACAAGUCAUUCAUUGUGUCUGCACGCAAUGAUAGUGAAGAAGAGGGAGAGGAACUUUUUAUACUAAAGUUAGUAUCAGUAUAUGGGGGAGCUAGGCUCCCUGAAGGGAACACGACAGCACUUAUACAUAUUCAGAAAAGUGAUAAUGCCAAUGGAUUGUUUGGAUUCACAGGACCCUGCAUUCCGGAGUCUUCAGAUGAAGGCUCAACCAUAUCUUGUAUUGUCGAACGAACUCGAGGUGCUCUAGAUACAGUUUAUCUUUUCUACAUCAUAUCCCAAACUGGCGCCGUUAAUGCUAAUGACACAUUGACGGAUUUUGCCAGCAACAGUGGAAACAUCACAUUCCUACCUUUGCAGAGAUCAAAUGUCCUCAAUCUCAGUGUUUUGGACGAUGAUAUUCCUGAACUUGCAGAGACCUUCCUCAUCACUUUAAUUUCUGCUGUUUCUGCCGAUGGAAAGAUUGGGUCAACUCCAACCAGCGGAGCCAGCAUAGAUCCUUCUAAAAAUUCUGAGCGCAUUACAAUCAGUGCAAGUGAUCACCCAUAUGGAUUACUGCAGUUUUCAGUGGAUCUUCCUCCAAAAUCAAGUGAUCCAAUGACAGCUCCUGCAAAAUUCGUUCCAACGAUAAGCGUGAAAGAAGAAAUAGGGCAAGUGAAACUGUUGGUGGUUCGUGCUCAAGGACUUCUUGGUCAAAUUCAAGUUCAAUAUAGAACAGUCUCACAAACCGCAAUCAGUCCUACGGACUAUCAGGAAACAGCAGGUUAUUUAAGAUUCCAACCCGGAGAGAGAUACAAAUAUAUUACGAUCAACAUCACAGAUAAUUCCAUACCGGAACUAGCCAAAUUCUUUAAGGUGGAGUUAUUAAAUUCAAACGGAGGAGUCGCUGAACUCUUUAGGAAUGAUGGCAGUGGAAGUGGUGAUGGUGACUGGGAAUUCUUCCUUCCAGCUGUUCAUCAACGCGCCAGUCUAGGAAUAGCAUCUCAUAUUAUUGUAGUCAUCGAUGAUUCGGAUGAUGCCCAUGGGGUGUUUCAAUUCAGCCCUGAAUCUCUUUAUGUCACUGCUACAGAACCUGAUUAUGGAUAUAGCAACGUUACACUGCAGGUCUUGCGUGAUCAAGGAACCUUAUCUAAGGUGUCUUUAUUGUGGAGAAUCGAGUUUGAUUCAUUCGGAGACUUGGCUUUCACUUCUGGCAAUGUAACUUUUGAUGUUGGACAAAGAACAGCCAACUUGACAAUACAAAUCUCAGCUGAUGAUACCCCAGAGCUGGACAAAGUGUUUUCCAUUACAAUUAUCAAUGUUAGCAGUGGACGUCUAGGGGAAUGUAUCAAUGCUUCACUAACUAUUUUUGCUAAUGACGACCCUUAUGGACUUUUUAUAUUCUCAGAGAACAAUAGGCCUAUUCGAGUUGAAGAAAAAAACAAAAAUAUUACUUUAGUAAUUAGACGAAUGAGUGGUCUAAUGGGCACUGUUAUGGUUGACUACAGAACUAUUGCAGACUCAGAAAAACUUCAGUUUUUUCCAACAAACAUAGCAAGAGCAACACAGGGGAAAGACUACUUGCCUAUAUCUGGAAAUCUUGUUUUUAUGGCCAAUGAGAGUGAAGCAUUUAUUUUUCUUCCAAUUUUGGAUGACGAUGAUCCAGAAAGAGCAGAGUCAUUGUUUGUUGAACUAUUCAAUGUCACAUUAAUAGAAAAAGUGCAAAGUCGACCAGUGCUCAACUCUCCUCGUCUUGGACCUAAAGUUGAAACAAUAGCACAUAUCAUUAUAAAUCCCAGUGAUGAUGCGUUUGGAGUACUUCAGUUUUCAACAACAAUUGUGCGCAUAGCCGAAAGCUAUGUUGGACCAAUAAUAAAUGUCACCAGAUACGGAGGAAUGUUUGGAGACGUUUCAGUGAAAUUUAAAGCUGUGCCAAUUACAGCAACUGCUGGUGAAGACUACAGUGUAGCUUCUUCAGAUGUUGUUUUACUUGAGGGAGAAACAAGCAAAUCUGUGCCAAUUUAUAUCAUAAAUGAUAUUAACCCGGAAGUUGAGGAGUCAUUCCAAGUCCUACUUUUAAACCAGACAACAGGAGGAGCGUUACUGGGUGGCGUAACCGAGGCGGUUAUUGUUAUUGAGGCAUCUGAUGAUCCUUAUGGGUCUUUUGUUUUUCAGAUAACAUCUCUCACAGUAGAUGAGCCUGAAUCAAAUCCAGUUAAGGUAAACUUACCAAUAAUUCGGAAUUCUGGGACUCUCGGCAAUGUUACUCUGCAGUGGGUUUGCACAAUUAAUGGAAAGCUUGUUAUUGGAGACCUGCAAAUUGCUACGGGUAAUGUGACCUUUGGAGCUGGGGAAACCAUAAAGACCUUAUUAUUAGAAAUACUACCUGAUGACAUUCCGGAGAUUGAAGAGAUCAUUAAAGUUCAGCUCACUGAAGCCUCAAAUGGGGGUUCUAUAGGGUCUGAUGGAAUAGCUAAAAUUAUCAUACCAGCAAAUGACAACCCCCACGGAACAGUAUCUUUUUAUCGAUCUGCCUAUCGAGUUCAGGAACCACUGGAAAAUAGUGCUUUUGCCAAUAUUACCAUCAGAAGAAGUGCAGGAAGGUUUGGCCAUCUUCAGAUUUUGUACUCCACCAGUGAGAUUGAUGUGGUAGGUCUCGCCAUUGAACAAGGCCAGGAUAUGCUAUCUUACUAUGAACCUCCUCUAUCAGGUACUCCACCGGUAUCUUCAAGAACUAGAGUCAAUGUUUCAGUAUCGGGAAACCCUCUGCAAUCUUGUGCCAUCACAUGUCUGAGAAAUCAAGUAUGCUCAGCUUUCACCUAUGACAAUACAUCCAACAUUCCUCAGUGCUUUUGGAUGACAACAUUGUCUGAUCAACUUAUCAACAACAACACGCAAUUCCGGACAUAUAGAAAAAAUAGCACAAGUGUUUCUGUGCUGUUUAGUUCUCAAGCCACGGCUGGAAGUGAUUAUGAAACUGUUACAGGGCAAUGGUUCACAAUGUUGGAAGGAGAAGAGUUUGCAAAUCUUACAGUUUCUAUACUUACUGACACUUUCCCAGAACUGGAUGAGAGAUUCAUUGUGUCCCUUCUAGAAAUCAAACUGCUAAACAUCUCAGCGAGCUUAAAGAACCAACCAGCCAUCGGUCAGCCAAAUACAUCAGCGGUUGUAAUAAUGAUGAAUGGAGAUGCAUUUGGGGUAUUUAUGAUUUACAAUCUUAGCCCUAAUGCAACGGAAGGAGGUCACUAUGUAGAAGUUGAAGAGCAAUCCCAAACUAUGCAGUUUGUGAUAGAACGAAGAGAGGGAAGCCUGGGACAAGUCAUGGUUGAAUGGAGGGUAGUUGGAGGAACAGCCACCAAAAAUUUGGAUUUUAUAGUUCAUGAUGGAAUAUUAAUAUUUGCAGAAGGUGAAACAAGAAAAGUAGUAACGUUGUCUAUUAUGGAUGAUUCAGACCCUGAAGAAAAGGAAAGCAUCAUAAUUCGUCUAACACAGACUGAUGGAGGAAGUCGAAUACUCCCCAGCUCAGAUACCAUCACCAUAGUUAUAUUGGCCAAUGAUUAUGUGGCAGGCUUGAUUAGUUUUCAAACAGCAUCAAGAUCUGUAAUUGGUCGGGAAGGUGAAAGACUGCAGUUCAAUGUUUUUCGAACACCUCCUGGACACGGGAAUGUAACAGUCCACUGGAAAAUUAUUGGUCAGCGUUUGGAACUAAACUUUGAGAACAGCACAGGCUUAUUACACUUCCCGGAGGGAUUGCUGAAUACAAGUUUUGUCGUCUAUCUACUGGAUGAUCAGAUUCCUGAAGAAAAAGAAGAAUAUCACCUUAUUCUGUACAAUGUCACAACUCAAGGUAUAUCAGGCACUGGGGCAGCUGCCCUUGAUAAACAAGGCUAUGAGGCAGUCCUGACUGUGGAGGCCAGUGAUGAACCUCACGGUGUAUUAAAUUUUGCUCCUUCUUCAAGAGUUGUUUUUACAGAAGAAAGAAAUAAAACAAUUCAACUUUUCAUCAACCGAGAGUAUGGAUCCUUAGGGGAUAUUAAUGUUACUUACACAACGAGCGUGGAUUUGCUGCAUACACUGAAUCAGACUGGGCACAUGCAUGUUGCGGAGCCAGGACUAGAUUACAUAGCCAUCUCUGGAUCACUAAUCCUCGAAGAUGGGGACACAACUGCAGCUAUUAAUGUGACUAUCUUAGAGGAUGACUUUCCUGAACUUCAAGAGUAUAUUCUGGUGACUCUGGUCUCAGUGGAACUCACUGUGAAAUUAAUAACGUCAUCCCCUCCAAGAUUGGACAUGGAAGGUUUGACUGCUCAGAUCAUUAUUGAGGCAAACGAUGGAGUACAGGGUGUAAUCGAGUGGCAAAGAACGAGUUAUGCAAUCAAUGAAACUCAGGGUAUUUUGACUCUGGUCGCCUUUAGAAACAAGGGAACCUACGGAAACGUGUCUUUAUUUUUCUAUGCUCAGAAUUUAGGAGCACAGCUGGGGUUUGACUAUAAUACUACAGCAAUGAUUUUGAACUUUGCUGAUGGAGAAAGAUACAAAUUUAUUGAUAUAAGCAUUAAUGAUGAUGACAUCCCUGAAGGGGAAGAAUGCUUUCAGCUAAUUCUUGCAAACCCCUCCCAUGGGCUUGAACUGGGGUCUAACACAACAGCUACAGUUACAAUCCUUGCAAAUGACGAUGGACAUGGUGUUAUCUCCUUCAACAACAGUGAGAACUUCUUCCUGAGGGAACCUACAGCUCUGUAUAUGACAGAGAGUGUCGCAGUGCUCUACAUUGUACGAGAUCCUCCGCAAGGAAUUUUUGGCACAGUGACGGUCCAGUAUCUGGUUAUGGGUGAGAAUGCUUCAGAUGCAGAUGGAGAUCUGAGUCCAAUACAAGGCUAUGUCAUACUGGAAGAAGGAGUAAGGUUUAAGACUCUAGAGAUUUAUGCAGUACUUGAUGAAGAACCAGAAAUGGACGAGCAUUUUACCGUUACACUUUUUAAUCCCACUGGGGGCGCUAGACUGGGCACCAGGACACAAACCAUGAUAACUGUGUUGCAAAAUCAGGCUCCCCAAGGCCUCUUUAGUUUAUUCCCAACUAAUAACAGGACAAACUUGUUGAUGGUUGAAGAAGGCAAUAUGACUAUUUUUUUAAAAGUAUCUCGUAACAAUGGUUUAAAUAUGUCCGUGAGUGUGGAGUGGGAGACACUGUCAGGAACUGCUCUUGGAAUAAGGGGACCAGACAGCGUGUUGUCCACCUUGCAAAGUUUCCAGAGUGAUUCUGCCUCUUCCUGGUGUUUCUUUAAUCACAACGACUUGCUUUUUGGAAUCUUGCUGAGAACAUUAACUGCGAAUUCUUCUACAUUGCCAGUGUCCACAAUAUAUGAAUGGAGAGGAAUUUUAGUACCCAUCCAGGAUGUUCUAAUUGAAGCUCCUUGUGGCUGUAUGGCAUUUACAAUCAAUGGGUCACAGUUUCUGGUUGUCACCAGUGGGAGCGACCAUCCUUCAAAUAAUACACUCUAUAUGUUCACACGUCAGAAUGGUUUAUCCCUGAAACAGAUAAUAACAGUUGCAGAAACCAGCAGUGUAAAACAUUUCUCAGACACAACAGAUCAGGAUUAUUUGAUCAUUACCAGCCAUGUCAAUGCACCCGAAACGUCUCAGGUUUUUAAAUGGAAAAAUGAUAUAUUUAUACCACAUCAAAAACUCCCAAGUGGUGGGGUUUCAGGAUCAACACUGUUUAACCGCGGAGGAAUCAUUUAUUUGGUUUUGGCCCACAUGAGAUCUGAUCAGAAGUCUGUCCUAUACACGUGGUCUAAUAAUCAAUUUCGCAAUCCACAAGACAUUGGAAUUAAUGGAGCAGCGAGUGUGGAAUCCCUGUCUUCUGGAGCCGAUACUUUCAUAUUUUUUUCGCAAGCAAACAGUUCUGUCGUUCAUAUUUUUCUUAUGGAGGCAGGUCAGCUAUCCUUGAAAAGAAUUCAGUCUAUCUCUUCUGAAGCUACAAACAUGAUCCAUGCCUUUACACCUCCGUCCGGGCUAGCGCACAUUUUAAUUGCUGGUGAGAAAAGAUCUGAAAUGUAUUCCUUAAAUUCGGAACAAGUGCAGUUUUCCCUAAUGCUAAUGGCUCCAGCAGCUAAACGUGUGUCUUCUGCUUCAGUAAAAUCACUCAAUUCAACUAAGACCAUAAUUGUUCAACUCUCUAAUUUCAACUCUCAAGUCUUUGAGCUGACUUCUGUCUCCAAUCAGUCUGACUUCAUACCUAGUUCAGGUGAGCUGAAGUUUGAGCCUGGACAAAGUGAAGCUGUUUUUGCUGUCAACAUACUUGAUGACUCCAUACCAGAAGAAGAUGAAUCUUUCCGGAUACGACUAAAAAACCCAAAAGGUGGAGCAGAAAUUGGAGCCAACUACUACGUGACGGUUGUUAUUCCAACGAAUGAUGAUGCCCAUGGAAUUAUUGGAUUUUCUCAGAAUUCUUUAAUGAAACAAGCUGAGGAGAUGGAGCAGGAUAACCUGAUCAGCUUCAGCAUUGAGCGGUUACGAGGCUUGUUCGGACGUGUGGUGGUGGAGUGGUUUGCCAAUGGCAGCAUCUCUGACAUAUUUCCUACUUCAGGAGUGGUUACAUUCUCUGAUGGCCAAGCUCUAACAACAAUAACUGUUACAGUUCUUGCGGACAACAUAGCCGAACUUGCAGAAACUGUCACUGUCAUGUUAAUGAAAGCAACAACUAUGAAUAUCAAAGAUCUGCAAAAAGGAGCAACAAUAGACCCCCAGAAGUCUAAAGCUGUAUUGACAAUCCUGCCCAACGAUUCUCCACACGGGGUCAUAGGGUGGCAUGUUGAUGGCUUACCAGUGAGGCUGGAAGAACCCACAGGGAAUGCCACGGUCAUUACUCUCCAGAUUAACAGAGAGCAAGGAUUCGCUGGAGAUAUUGCAAUUCAUUUAGAAGUAAAACAGAACUUGUCUCUCCCACUGGUGAACAGAGCCACAGAAAAUCAGGAUUUCACAAUCAAAGACAAAGUCAUAGUUAUCAAAGAGAACCAAAAAUCCGCCUUGGUUACAAUUACCAUCUUGCCUGAUGACAUUCCAGAACUGAAUGAAGGAUUUCUCCUAAAUAUCACCAAUGUCCAGUUCACCAAUUCUUCUGUCUCUAGUGGAUUGCCUACAUUGAAGAGACCUAGUGCCGAAAUAGCUGAAGUAAUUAUUAAUGAGAAUGACGACCCAAGAGGAAUUUUCCAGUUCAAUGUUACUAAGGACAAAAGUGGAGCUGUAAUUGGCUUUGAAGUACCUGCCCCACAAAAUGUCCUUAGACUUCCUGUAAUCAGAUUAGCAGGAAAGUUUGGACCAGUGUCUGUUUAUUGGGAAGCCAACUCCAUCACAGCAACUAACGAUGACUUCACACCACCUUCUGGGAACAUUACAUUUUCUGAUGGACAAGCAUUGGGAGUUAUAGAGAUAUUCAUAGUGGACGAUACAAUCAUUGAAUAUCUGGAGACAUUCAGUGUCUCGCUGAGAUACCUUACAAAUGGUGCCAAAUUUGGAAAUGAAACAUCAGUCCUCGUUAAUAUUCCACCUAACGAUUCACCGUUAGGCCUGUUUGGCUUUGAGAAAACCACGGUUUACUGCAAAGAACCGCAGUUUAUAGAUGGACAAGAUGGACAGUUAAAUUUGACUGUGGUCAGGAGCCCCGGUGGACGUGGUUCAGUAAACAUUAUCUGGAUCAUUGAGGAAGCAGCAAAAUAUGACAUCAGACCAUUAAAUGGCACGUUGGCGUUUAAUGAGAGUGACAUGAUGAAAUCAUUUAUUUUGCAAGUAAUUCAAGAUGGUUUACUGGAAGGCGAGGAGCAAUAUCGCGUGCAGCUCAUUUCACUUGACUAUUCAGUGAUUUCCCCAAUAGAUGGUAUUGCUACUGUUAUCAUAUCUGGGGAUGCUGGAGCCUCUGGUGUGGUUGGGAUAGCACCAACGUCUCAACAUAUUCUCAUUGGAGAACCUUCUGAAAACUAUAAUGGAACUGCCCAUAUUAGCCUCAUUCGUGGUCCUGGAAUAUUUGGAGAGAUCACAGUGUAUUGGAAUAUUACGCCGGCAUAUUUGGACGGGUUUGUUGAAAUAUCGGGGGUAUUAACAAUGAGGGACCGACAAUCUGCGGCUGUUGUCACUAUACAGGCUGUGGAUGAUGACAUCCCAGAGGAGAAAAGCUACUAUCAGUUUCAACUUAGUAAAAUAAUCGGAGCAACUAUAAAUGAAUCCAGUAGAUUUGCAAACAUCACAGUGGCUUCCAGCGACCAUCCUUAUGGGCACUUUGAGUUUUCACAGACACUACUGCAAAUUUCAGAAGAUAACACAUGGGUUAAUGUCACAGUGGUACGUGUUGGUGGUAGAUACGGAGAUGUUCAAGUUACCUAUGAAACCCAAAAUGGAUCAGCAUUGUCGGAUGUGGAUUUCGUAAAGUUUUCGGGGAGUCUUCUGUUCAAACCAAAUGAAACAAUGAGAAGUGUGUCAAUUGAAAUAAAAAAUGAUGUUAUCCCAGAAGGCCCUGAAGAUUUUUUUGUUAUCCUUUCUGAAGUGAAACUUUUGGGAAGGGGUUAUGAUCAUACUGUGAAAGACAACGGACUACGAAUCGACCAGCCUCCAACAAUUGGAAACAGUUCUGUUGUUCGUAUCAUCAUCCUCAAAAACGAUAACGCAGAAGGUAUCAUUCAGUUUGAUCCUGAAUUCACUGAUAUCCAAGUGGAAGAAGAUGUUGGAGCAGUACUAAUUCCUGUUGUAAGGCUACGCGGAACAUAUGGAUAUGUAACUGCUGAAUUUGUAUCCCAUGGCAUAUCUGCCUCACCCAAUGGCAUUGACUACACAAUUUCCAAUACUUCAGUAGUAUUUCAAGAUGGCCAGAUGUUGAAUUUUAUCAAUGUUCUAAUUACUGAUGACGAGGAAAGCGAAUUUGCUGAGCAGUUCGAGAUUUUGCUUGUGGGAGCCAGCGGAGGUGCAGUACUUGGCCAACACCUAGUGUGUCUGAUCACCAUUGCUAAAAGUGACAGUCCUAAUGGAGCAGUGAGAUUCCUGAAUACUAGCCAGAUUAUUCUUCCUAAUCCUAAUAUAUCACUCACCCUGUCACUUGUGCUGGAAAGGACAGGUGGUCACCUUGGAGAAGCUCAGGUCUUGUGGAAGAUAUUGGGGCCAAAUUCUAAUGAAAUUUUGCCUAUAAAUAAUGAUGAUUUUAGCGAACCUCUGAAUGGUUCUUUCUAUUUUGAAGAUGGAGAAGGUGGGACGAGGACUAUCCACUUAACAAUACUCCCUCAUGGAGAAAUUGAGGUCCAAGAGAAAUUCAUUAUCGCAUUAACUAUUGCAAGUGGAAGUACGGAGAUCGAUCCCAAAGCUGGCAAUGUAACACUGAUAAUAAAGAAAUUUGGCGAUCCUAAUGGAAUAAUUCAGUUUGCGGAUGAAUCAAUCUUGAUUAAAAAUUAUACUGAGCCAGAAGCUGUUGAGGGGCCCCUUAACAUAACUUUCCUAGUGAAGAGAAUCCAAGGAACCCUGGGAAAUCUUACGGUCCAUUGGCUUUUAAGCAGUGCAUCAGAUAUUGGAGGUGACUUCAGAGCAACAAAUGGUUCAAUAUUCAUCCCUGACAAACAAAGCAUCGGGGAGAUCAUUAUACAGCUCUUGCCGGAUGAUGUGCCUGAAUUAGAUGAACAUUAUGUGGUCCAGCUGGUGUAUGUAGAGGGUGGAGCAGAUCUGGAUAAUUCAAGAAGUAUAGCACGCUUUAAUGUUUUUGCAAAUGAUGACCCCCAUGGAGUGUUCACUGUGUAUUCAAGCACCCAAUCUAUUCAUGUGGACCAAGACUUGAGCCGUCAUAUUCUAGUUAAUGUCACUAGACUUGCUGGGACAUUUGGUAAUGUCACAGUGGAAUAUCAAAUAUCUUUUGGAGCAGGACAGCAGGAGAACCUCACUGAAACUAUUACAGGCAGUGUGCUGAUUAUAGAUGGUGCCAGUUAUGGUAUUAGUACUGUGCCAAUUAGUAACCAGGUUUUUCUUUUACCUGGGUUUAAUUUCUCUCUCGAAUUAACAAAUGUGAGCCUGAUGGGUGACAGCACCUAUGGAAAGCCGCACAUUCUCAAAGAACAAAAGCCAACUUCAAUAUCCGUCCCAAAGGAUGCUGCCAAUUCCGAGGUUGGGUUUGAAUCAUUAGCUUUUCGUCUUACAAACAUUACUGCAGGAAGAGGUCAAGCUGUUUUAUCCAGAAAAGGAACAUAUGGUUCAGUUAUAGUAAGCUGGCGUUCUGGAUAUCCCGUUGGUCUCAUGCCACAGGAUAUGAGUCUUGGGAAAAUUGAACCCAAUUCCGGUGAUGUGAUCUUUUUACAUGGAGAAAAUCGAAAGCUGGUUCCACUCUACCUAAAGGCAAAUAGUUCUGUUCCUGAAACAUUCGCUGUGCAUCUUACGGGUCUAAAAGGCAAUGGGUCUGGUGGGGCCCGAUUGAUGUCGGGAUUCACAGUUGCAGAGUUUGAGCCAAUGGGAGUUUUCCAGUUUUCUUCUGAAUCUGUACAAAUUUCUGUAGAAGAAGACAUGCUGACAGUUAGAUUGCAUGUCCAACGUUUGUAUGGCUUUCGUGGUAACCAUACAAAACUGAAUUUCCAGACUCUUCCAGGAAGUGCCAAAGCAGUGGAAGAUUAUGUAUCCAUUGAUGCCGGAGAAUUACAUUUUGAGAGAUAUCAAACUACUGCUGUCAUCGAACUUUCAAUAAUUAAUGAUAACAUUUAUGAAAAAGAUGAAACGUUUUACCUUAACCUUACAUCUGUAGAAAGUGUGUAUAUCUACCACAAAACACCACGGUUAAAUUUGGACUCAAGUGUUUCAACAAUAACAAUUUUGACCAAUGAUUUAAUUUCUGGUUACUUAAGCAUCGGACCUACAGUGAUAUAUGUAGAUGAAGAAGCAAACAAUAGUGCAGUAAACAUAGUGAAUAUACAUAUAAAGAGGACCCGUGGUCUAAGUGGAGUUGUCCACGUCACACUUGGAACCUUUGGAGCAAUAAAUGCACAAAAGGGGUUGCAGGGACUGCCCUUUGAACAUGGCCAUGUACUGUCAAACCUUUCAUGGGCAACGGAAAACUUAGACUUUGAAGAAAAAUCUGUACUUGUUACUCUUCUUGAUGGAGAAAGUGAAAAUGAAGUUUCCUUCAAAAUUCUGGAUGAUCAGGAGCCGGAGGGUUUAGAAGUAUUUUACGUACUUCUCAAAGAUCCCCAAGGUGGAGCUCAGAUAAUGGAUGGAAUAGAUGAAGUAGGAUAUGCUUCAUUCUCGACAAUUAUAAUUCAAGGAAACGAUUUGCAGAAUGGGAUAUUGGGAUUUACAGUGGAGUCAUUGGAAGGUUUGAUGCUCGAUGAGGAUUCUGUGUUGAGAACUGUCCAACUUGUAGUUUCAAGACAAAAACACAGGGCAUUUGAAGAUGUAAAGGUUUACUGGCGUGCAACCUUUAAUAAAACUUCAGUUGAAAUCUAUAGGGACGGAGUAAGCCUGGUUAAUGAAUUGCAGGCAGUUUCAGGAUAUACCAUCUGUACUGCUCGCCAAACAGAAUGUAUAAUUACUGUGGAAAUAAAACACGACAAGGUGCCUGAAUAUGAAACUUUCUUCUUUGUUGAACUUUAUGAUGCUGGUGCUGGUGCAUCGAUUAACAGCAGCACUAGAUUUGCCAAAAUAAUGAUUCUAGAGAGCGACUCUCCCCAUGGCCUGAUUUAUUUUGCUGUUGGGUCCAGGGUAGCUGUGGCACAUAAAAAGACCACUUUAAUCAGUCUGCAAAUCUCCAGAGAAUCUAGUACGUCACAGACCAUUUCUGUUGGAUACGUUAUUCAAGAGCUGAAAACGUCUGAAAUGGUUGGGCAUACAUUGAUAUCUCCAGCGAUAGCAGGAAGUGAUUUUGUCAAAUCUGAAGGAAGACUGACUUUUGAAUCAGGGCAAAGAAAUAUUGUGCUGGACGUCACACUUACUCCCGAGAUGGGAUCGCUCAACCCGUACCCUAAGCGGUUUCAAGUUUUACUCUCUGAUCCCUCAGGAGGUGCCAAAGUAGAUACACUCUAUGGUAUUGCCAACAUCACCAUAUUGUCAGAUUCUUCCUCCCAGUCCACUUGGGGAUUAAUUGAUCAGUUGUAUCAGCCUUUUGAUGAAGAUGUUCUUAACAGGGUACUCCAGACCCUAAACAAUAAAGUCGGUGCAGAUAUUUCAGAUGAGCAACUUGGUGCCAUGAUGAAUAUUUUGGAAAAGAUAACACAUGAAGGGGCAAUUCAUGUUCUCUCUAAUCAAAGCCGAUUUCUUUUCUACGACACUCUGUGUAGUCUUGCUGAUCCAGAGAGGUUGGAUACGAGGGGAUACAGCCCACUGAUUGCUGUAGCUGAGAAAUAUGCUUUCUCUCUUCUUACAGGAGUGAUUUGUGGAUCUCCAGGUGAAAAAGGAAAGACCAUUUACGACUCAUGCCCCCACAUCUCCAUAAGUGCCUAUCACUGGUAUCCACAACAAAUCAAUGGGCAUAAGUUUGACGGAAAGAGUGGAGAUUCUAUCCAAGCCCCUGAAAGGCUCUUGACAGUUUUGCCAAUUGAUGCUCCUGCGAGUGACAGCUGUCACUUUGUCCAGUUUACUGAAUACAGCAGCCAGCAGUGGUUUCUUACGGGUGGGGAGCAAUCUGCCUUAAAUAACAAGAUAUUGUCUUUGAGCCUGCAGGUCCAGAGAUUCCACCAACUGUCCAGUGACAAUGAGGUUGUCUAUAGGAUUUUCACAGGAGGCAAUCGAAUUGUUCCACGCACGUCACUUUGUCUUCUUUGGAAUCAAGAUUCAGAAAGAUGGUCAGCAGAUGAUGAGUACUGCAAAGUUGUGGCUGACACAACAGACUAUGUGGAAUGUGCCUGUUCCCAUAUGUCUUCCUAUGCUGUCUACGCUCAAACUGACAGCCUUUCCACAUACAACGAAGCAUUUUUCUUUGCUGGAUUCAUAUGCAUUUCAGGUUUUACAUUGGCUAUUGUUGCUCAAUUGCUGUGUGCAAGGUCUUCCUUAUUUUCCGCUAAACUUCUUACUCAUAUGAUGGUUGCCUGUUUAGAAACUCAGGUGUCAUUCUUGGCUUCUGCUUAUGUCAGUUCGACCGUCUCUGUUGAUAGCUGCACUGGACUGGCAUCUAUUACGCACUAUUUCUACCUCUGCCAGUUUGUUUGGAUGCUUAUUCAGGCUGUCAAUUUUUGGUAUGUUCUGGUUAUGAAUGAUGAGCAUGCAGAGCGACGCCACCUGAUAUUUUUUGUGUUGGGUUGGGGAUUACCUGCCAUUGUUGUCAUUCUGCAUUUGGUCAUUCUCAAAAGCAUCUAUCGAAAAAACAUGACAGAGAUUUAUGGACUGGUCCACCAAGACAUGUGUUUCAUUCCAAAUGUCUAUGCAGGACUUUUUACAGCUGCCCUGGUGCCAUUAGUUUGCCUUGUAGUCGUGCUUGUGGUCAUCGUCCAUGCUUAUCAAGUGACACAGCAAUGGAAAGCCUAUGAUGAUGUAUUUAGAGGAAGAACUAAUGCCACAGAGAUUCCUCUGAUAUUGUACCUCUUUGCUCUUAUUUCGAUGACCUGGGUUUGGGGAGGAUUACACAUGGCCUACAGACACCUCUGGAUGCUCGUCCUGUUUAUUAUUUUCAAUAGUUUGCAGGGCCUUUAUGUCUUUGUGGUCUACUUUAUCCUUCACAAUCAGCUGUGCUGUCCAGUAAAAGCCAGUUACAAUGUAGAAGUGGAUGGACACAGAAGUCCAGCUUCUGCUAUUUUCACUCCUGGCGGUGGGAUGAUUGCACCAGGAGGAGAGAUCAACAAGUCCACACAGAACCUUAUCAGUGCAAUGGAGGAGAUAUCAGCAGAAUGGGAGAGGCCAGGGGACCCAGCCAGUAAACAAGGGCCAGAGAAUGGAACUGCCUAUUCUUCCCCGGGAGGGUAUAGUAAUGGAUCUGUGGUAGCUGAUGAAGAAUUACAGGAAUUUGACGACCUGAUUUUCGUUUUAAAAGCCGGAUCAGGACUCAACAUCAGUGACACAGAAUCCUGCCAUGGAAGUCAAGAUGGUACCAGCAUGGGGAACUCACAGAUCGUGGAGCUCCGGAGGAUCCCUAUAGCAGAUACUCAUUUAUAAAGAAACCCAAAUGUCAAUAUUUUUAACUAUUGCACUAAUUUUUUUUAAAACGGUCUCUCUAGUUACCAGACAACUGUACUACUUAUAGAAAAUUAGAUAAUUUUAAGGGACAUCUUGAACUAAACUCUUGAAUUGGAAUAAGCUGGACUUUUCUUGGACUUUUACCUAAAUAACCCUAAGGAACAAGAUAAUGUGACAUUUAGAAGAAUAACAUUUUUAUUAACCUAUUAUAUGAAUACACAUUAAAACUAAUUUGUAUAUA